AUGACUGAGGGGAGGUCCCUGCACCUCACCGUGACGCCCCAUUUGGCGAAUGUGUCUGUCCGACUGUACCUGAAGCGAGGGGACAAACCUCGCCGGAUUGACGAAUUCGACAGGAACACAACAUUACCACUGCCAGAUGAUGCCGACCUGUUCACCCUGUCAUUGGGCCCAACUGAAACCAUGGCAGCAGACCGGUGGACGUGGUUCAUACCCGGAAGUGACGUAGACCCUAAGGAUCCAUAUCGGGGAAAGAACUUCACACUGAACUACACACUUCAGAUCUUCUCCACACAAUGUCUCUACUUCAACGAGGAAAGCGAAGAUUUCGAGUCAGACGGUUGCCAGCCCGGUCCUCUCAGCAGCGCCGCUUUGUCUCACUGCCGGUGCGACCAUCUGACAGCGUUUGGGUCCGGCUUUACAUUCUUCAUUGCACCGAACAAACUCAACAUCCUCGAGACGCUUCGAAAUCUGAACCCAGCGGAGAACCCAGUUGUCAUCAUCGCGGUCAGCGUUCUGUUCGGGAUCUACAUCCUCGUGGUGAUCUGGGCCCGGCGCAAAGACAGACAAGAUUCAAAAAAGAUCGGGGCAACGAUCCUUCGCGGAGAUCAGGGACGUUUUCACGAUCACUUUUACCAGAUCACAGUUCUGACGGGAUCGAGAUCCGAGUCAUCCACAUCUGCCAGGGUCUUUUUGACGCUGAUGGGAGAGGGGGGCACGUCUGGCCCACAUGAACUGGAGGACCGUGACCGCACGAUUCUCAAGGAGGGAGGAGUAGACACUUUCAUCUUGCCAACAAGUCGCCACCUGGGAUCCUUGUACGCCGUGCACAUCUGGCAUGACAACACAGGACCUUGUCCGUCAUGGUUCCUGGACAAAAUCAUCCUGCAAGACCUUAGCGAUGGCAAGAAGUACUCUUUCCUGUGUCAGAGAUGGUUAGCUGUGGAGGAAGGCGACGGAAGGGUGGAUUGUUUGCUCUCGUCAGCUACCGACGAACAACUGUCGACCCUUAGGCACGUCUUUGGGUCCCAAACAUCCAAGGCCUUCAAGGAUGGUCACCUGUGGGCCUCGGUGCUGGGACGACCUGCCUACAGUCCCUUCACUCGUGUCCAGCGGGUGUCCUGUUGCCUGUCCCUCUUACUCUGCACCAUGGUCACCAACAUCGCGUUCUUCCGACGGGAAAAUGACUUCGGCCCGCCUCCUACAAUCGACAUCCUUGGUUUCAAAGUGCAGAUCCCGAUAUCGUGGGCCCAGUUCAUGAUCGCUGUGCAAAGUUGCCUCAUCAUUUUCCCCAUCAACCUGGCCAUAGUGGAGAUUUUCCGCCAUGUUGCAUCUCCACCAGAGAAGAAGGCCAAAGAUCAAUGUGGUUCAAGCGCUUCCUCGAUAACUUCAGAUUCAGACGUCGUAAGUCUUGAAGAAAUCGAGCUCCAAAAACUUGACAAGGCCUGGGACUUCUACAGACAACCAUACAGUGAUAGCAAGAUGACUGAGGAAAAGAAAAAAGGAUGUAUUCUUCCGUGGUGGUGCGUUUUCAUAGCCUGGUUCCUGGUUUUUGCUAGCUGCGUCGUGUCUGCAUUCUUCACCAUCCUGUACGGCCAGGCAUACGGCCGGAAGAAAGCUGAGGAGUGGCUCUUCGUCUUCUUCACUUCCUUCUUCGCAGAUCUCUUCGUCCUUCAGCCCGUCAAGGUGGUUCUGUUGGCCGUCGGACUCACGCUGGUUCUGAGGAAACCUCAUGACGACGCAGAAAAUCAGACACCAACGCUGGACUACGAGGAAGUGUGCGCCUACCUGUCAUCCAUCAAGGCGACACCUGCAAGGGAAUGCCGUGAAGAACCACCGGACUCAACAAAGCUGGCAGAAAUGCGAGUCCGCCGUUUCGUCGAGAUCAGCAUGAGAAAGGCCUUGUACGAGUUCGCGUUUUACUUCCUCUUCGUCCUGGUGCUAGUGGUCAUUGCCAACGGGCCACGUGACACAGGCAUGUUCCACAUGACUCAACAUCUUCGGAGAACUGUGGACGAUGGAGGGGAUCAUUCCUUUACAAAUGCGACUGCGUGUAAAGCCGUUUAG